GCGGUGCAUUGUCAGGCUGAGCGCACGCAGGAGAGGGAGACAGAGAGAGAAUCCCCCAUUUUAGCUCAACAAUAUUACAGCAGUGCAGCGAUAUCUACAACAAUGGCAAUCUGGCACUCGCAGCACUGUGCUAUUGAUCCAAGCAGUGGAGACCCGAUGCAUCUACAUAAUCUCUGAUUAUUUAGCUUUUUUUUUUUUAGCUUGUGGUUCUCAGAUGAAAUAAAAAAAAAACUGCAGAAAUUCUCACUGAACAUGCUCAGUGGUGCAGGCACACUGAUUUACUAACCGGAUCUCUUCUAAGACGCCGCACUGGAGACGGAGAGCACGAGUGAGGGAGAGAGCGAUCGAGCAAGCGCAAGAGGGGGUGAGAGGAGCAGAGAGAGCACAGCAGAGUAAAAAAAGAAGGUAAAAAAAACAGAGGAGGAGGAAGAAGAAGAAGCAGAGAGAAGGAGAGAGUCGCAGGAGGAAGGAGGAGGAGAAUGCUUGGCGUCUGGGCAACACUUCCACGCUUGUGUCCAGGGCCUUUGUGAAUACACCAUGGGAUGCAUCGGCUCCAGGAGACUGACGGCGGAUGGCGUGCCAGUCCAAAAGGAUGGGGAGCAGCAUGGACGUUCAGAGUUUUCAUGGGAAGGAAUCAAUCUGUCCAUGGAGGACACCACAUCAAUCCUGCCUCGGCUCAAGAGGAACUCAAAUGCCUAUGGCAUCGGGGCUUUGGCUAAGUCUUCUCUGUCAGGUGUGUCAGGAGUCUCCCGCACCAUGAAGGAAAGAGUAACCAAGCCCACAGCCAUGGCCCAAGGUCGUGUUGCUCACAUGAUCGAGUGGCAGAACUGGGGAAUGCAGACGGUCGGUGCAGGAGGUAUCCCCCAGUCCCGCAUCAGCACCCAGGAGCGGGAGAAGGAGCGGCGGGCCGAGAACGACGCCUACAGCGACCUCAGCGACGGAGAGAAGGAGGCUCGGUUCGCUGCAGGCAUCCUGCAGCAGUUUGCGAUCUCAGAGGCGACGCUCUUGGCGUGGUCGUCGAUGGACGGAGAGAGCCCACGGUCGGGUUCAAACCAGGGCAGCGUAGCUCACCUGAGCGAGGUCAACCAGGAGAGCAUCACCAGUCGAGAUCAGAUACUACACCAGUCCUCAGCAGAGGUGUGGCCUCGCACGUACGUUUCACAGGGCCACUACUGCCUCUCGUCCUCCGACGCCUGGGAACCGACCAACAACGACCCAUCCGGCGUGGCGUCUCCGCCGGCCGGCUCCUACAUCAUGGGGUCGGACGGCUACGACGGCCAGUCGGCGGCUCACCUCCUGUCCCAGCAGCAGCAGCAGCAGCAGCAGCAGCAGCAGCAGUACAACCUCCAGCAGCAGAGUCAACUCCAGCAGUUCCAGCAGCUUCAACAGAUCCAGCAGUACCAGCAACAGCAGCUGCUGCAGUAUCAGCAACAACAGGCCCUGGACCACAGGCUGCACAGCGCCAACCACUCUCUGCAGGCGACACCCAACAGCACCAUCCACAGCCUGGUUCAUCACGUCCACCCUCCGCUGGUUGAUCUGUGGAGCACGGGGCAGAUGGAGGCCUAUCAUGCAGAAGCCGGCGGCUACAUGGGCGUGGCGGCGGUGGUGGAGUCGGGCCUGUGCGUUCCAGCUGGAGAGGAGGUGGUGGGAACCGAGCACUCGCCGCUGCUGGAGCAGCAGGAGGAGGAGCAGGUCAAGGAAGAAGAUAUAACCCUGUCCCUGGAACAGGAGUCGGCCAUGUUGACUCCACCCACGCAACAAGGGGAUGCCUCUGGAGGCAGUAGUCCGGGGCAACCGCCGGCAGAGCCAAUGACAGAGCGGAAGGCCUCCGAUGUCACCUCUGGUCUCAUUCAGAUGCUGGAGGAAAAGGAAGAGGAGGAAGGGGAGGACGGGCCACCUGUCUCCAUGACCACCAACUGAGCUCCUGAUCGUCAAAAGACUCCUGUGUACAAACUAACCUGGGAGUCGGCAAGGGAUGAGCAGCAUACAACAAUAUAUAUCUAUUAAUCCGUUCCUUUUCAGGUAUCAAAAACUUUCUGGUUUGAAGGUGAAACUCGCUACGAGACACGAGCUCACGCAACGAAGGACACCUCUGUCUUUGUGAGCCUUACGUCCCAGAGGUUUGAAAAGUGAAGUGAAAAGCGAAAACACAGCAGAGGAAGAGGAGGCGGAGAGAAACCAGACUGUGAUGAAGAGGAGGGGAAUGGAAACCUGCAUGUUUUUUUUGUUUUUUUUUCCUUUGAAGACCAACAACUCAACCCUGUCUUUGUCUUACGGUGAAAAUAAAAAUCGAACAUAAAUCAGCAUAAGAAGAAGAACAUUUUUUGGUAAUAAAGCAAAAAAACAACAACAAAAAAACAAAAAUAACAAAAGAACGGUAAGGGUGCGAUGAGAUCUUAAAGGUUUUCUAAGGGAGAGCUGCUCUGUUUACAGCCCUUGCUCAACACGUUUCAUUUUCUUCUGGGAUCACACACUCGCACCCCGGCGCUACAAAAAGCAACCCAAGCAAUUUCACACAUGCUUUAAGAAGCCUCAGCAUUUCAGCGAAACGCAGUUCAACUCCCUCUGAAAUCAAAUCCUCCGGUGACGACGCGGCACAACCCAGGGGGCUCUGCUGACUGCACACACCCGACCCUGCACAGUUAAGGAUUGUACUGUAAGAUAGCGUGCUUCCUACUCUUUCUUCUCUGUAUGCAUGUCCUUCAGAGUACCACGGAGUACCUGUAACUAUAAAGCACUGUAAAAGACUUUGCACUGAACCCCCUGCAACCCCCCCUCCAGGUGGGACGGAGACGGCGGCAUAUGCGACUUCAGUUGGGAUUUUGUUGUUCCUUUCUUUUGUUUGCACUAAAGCAAUCCAACAGGUCAGAGUUCGCCUUUGGACUGUUGGCGUUGACGCAGUUCCCGCUCGGACACCCCAAUACCCGCCUGAGCCACUUCGCCGCGCAGGAACACCCGGCUGCUUUGUUUUUCCACACAGAUCCUGACACGCCGGCGAUGUUGACCACUAUUAUGAAUGUACUGGACGACGGAGGUAAGGGGGUGGGGGCCGGGGCGGUGCGCGAGCGCUGAUGGGUCACUUCGGCCCACACCGUCACACACAUGGACACGGAGAUAUCUAUAUUGUAACCAGCAACAGGCGGAGGAACCCACAGGCCUUCGGAAAGACGAAACAAAGAAAGACCAGUCCGGCUCUGCCGUUAGGAUGUAAAUACAGUAUGAAGAAAAUUGCCUCUCAGUCACAGUCACGGCUGUUCCUUUUUUUGCAGUAUGAUUUCUUUAUUUUUCUACGCCUCUUGGGUCCUAAUUUAUUUUUGGGGACUGCGCUCAAGCUCGCUUUUUUUGUUCGUUCGUUUGUUUUUUUUUGUUUACAGCUGCACAAUUAUAUCUGAAACGGACCGAGCACGACUGGGACCCAGUAGCUGGUUGAGCUCAAUCAGGUAAAUAGGACCGAAGACUGGAGGCGGAACAAGACUGCUGUCUUCCUGCUCAUCGGCACUACUAAGAAGCGGCUCCCUGGGAGCGUGAUGUGCGAGGAGCAGGUUUUUUUCUUUUCUUUUCAACAUCAAUUUCAUUUUUUAUUUUUUUUUUAGGGAGGAGUGCUUGUUUCCCAGCAGGAGGAGUUAAGCUGCGCCGCUUGCUUCUCUGGGAAACACCUUCUCUCGCU